AUGCCGCAGGUGUUAAGCGCGAAAGAGCGGUCGCUCUUUCAGACGGUCGUGCGCAACUAUGAGGACAAGCAGUACAAGAAAGGUAUCAAGGCGGCUGAUCAAAUCCUCAAGAAGAAUGCCAAGCAUGGAGAUACGCUGGCCAUGAAAGCGCUCAUCAUGAACUCCCAAGGGAAGACCGAAGAAGCAUUUGCUCUUGCAAAGGUGGCCCUCCAAUGCGACAUGAAAUCCCACGUAUGCUGGCACGUCUACGGGCUACUCUGGAGGGCAGUGAAGAAUUUCGAGGAGGCGAUCAAGGCAUACAAGUUUGCGUUGAGGUUGGAACCCGAGUCUGCGCAGAUCCAACGAGAUCUGGCCUUACUCCAGAUACAAAUGCGCGAUUAUCAGGGAUAUAUUGUGAGCCGCAAAUCUAUGUUGCAAUCGAGAUCACAUAUUCGGCAAAAUUGGACGGCUUUGGCUGUUGCACAUCAUCUCAAUGGGGAGCUUGCUGAGGCAGAGGGAGUUUUGACAACUUAUGAAGAGACUCUGAAGAACCCCCCUUCGAAAACGGACUUCGAGAACUCUGAGGCGGUCAUGUACAAGAAUUCCUUAAUUGCUGAGCAGGGCGAUUACCAGAAGGCUUUGGAUCAUUUGGAAUCUGCCGGCAAACACAAUCUGGAUAGACUGGCUAUACUGGAGUUACGGGCGACCUACCUUACCAAAUUAGGUAAGAAAGAGGAAGCUACGAAAGCAUACCGAGCUUUAAUCGAGCGCAACUCGGAGUAUAAGAAAUACUACGAUGGUCUCGUAGAAGCUAUGGCCAUUGAUGCGGCGGAUCACAAAGCCUUAAAGGCUGUGUAUGAUGAAUAUGCCGAAAAAUAUCCUCGGAAUGAUGCGGCGCGGCGGUUACCCCUGGACUUUUUGGAUGGGGACGAUUUCCGAGAGACUGCUGAUAAAUAUAUCCAUCGAAUGUUAGACAAGGGGGUACCCUCGACGUUUGCCAAUCUCAAGCAUCUCUAUUCAAGUUCUUUCAAGAGGGAAACACUCCCAUCUUUGGUUCAACAAUAUAUCAAUAGCGGCAAAAGCGAAGCGAAUGAGGAGCCCAAGAGAAACGGAGACACCUCCAAGGGCGCCUCCUCAGCAUAUUACUUUCUCGCCCAGCAUUAUAGCUAUUACCUGAGCCGAGAUUUGGACAAGGCAUUGGAGUACAUUGAAAAGGCCAUUGACUUGGAACCCCAAAGCGUCGACUUUCACAUGACCAAGGCACGGAUAUGGAAACACUAUGGAGACUCCCACAAAGCUUCUGAAAUCAUGGAGCAAGCUCGAACCUUGGACAACAGGGAUCGUCACAUCAACACAAAAGCCGCCAAAUAUCAACUGAGAAACAACGAGAAUGAAGCUGCAAUCAAGACGAUGGGGAUGUUCACUCGCGCAGAAACUGUUGGAGGGCCUUUGGCUGAUCUGCAUGAUAUGCAAUGCGUGUGGUUUUUGACGGAAGAUGGCCAGUCUUACGCUCGGCAAGGAAAGGUUGGGUUGGCGUUGAAACGGUUUAUGUCCAUAUACAACAUCUUUGAUGUGUGGCAAGAAGACCAAUUUGACUUCCACAGCUUCUCUCUACGGAAAGGUCAGAUAAGAGCGUAUGUGGAUAUGAUUAGAUGGGAGGAUAAGUUGCGGGAGCACCCAUUUUACACCCGUGCGGCACUCUCAGCCGUCGAUCUUUACCUCAAGUUGCAUGACAAGCCCCUAGCGAACGGUACCAAUGGAGCUGCAGACGGUGACGAGGAUGCAUCAGAACGCAAGAAGGCCGCAAAAAAGGCACGGAAAGAAGCCCAAAAGGCAGAGCGUGAAGCAUUAGCUAGGAAGAAUGAGCCAAAUAAGGCAACAAAGGAAGGAGACAGCGAUCCGAAGAAAAAGGACGACGAUCCAGAUGGAGCCAAGCUUGCUGCCACGACGGAGCCCAUGACGGAUGCGAUGAAGUUCCUCACACCUCUUCUGCAAUUCAGCCCUAACAGCAUUGACGCUCAAAUUGCGGGCUUCGAGGUGUACAUCCGGAGGAAAAAGUACCUCCUCGCCCUAAGAUGUCUCCUAGCAGCCUCUGCGCUUGACAACGAGCAUUCGAAGGUCCACUCCCAAACUAUCCGCUUCAAACUCGCCCUUGACAAAGAUCUCGCCACCCUUCCACCGAAGGUUGCCGAGAUCAUCAAAUCAGAAUUCACGCUCCUACCUGAAUCCGUCUCGCUUACACAAUUCAACAAUGAUUACCUCUCCAAAUACGAAGACUGCGCUCGACGUACGCUAUCUGGACUGAGUGCAAGGAAGCUCCUGGCUCAUGAUCUGGCGCCCAGCACCGACGCUGAUGUUGUCAAAGUGUUGAAGAUCGACAACGUGGCGAUGGAAGAGGCAGUUGAGGGACUGGAGCUUUUGCAAAGCUGGAAGAGUGGCGCGCUUGAAGCGUUCAGGAAAGCGGCAGCUGCGAAAUGGCCAAACGCGACUGUCUUUGCUGCUUCAUCGUAG